AAUGUGUUAUCAAGCAUGGUAAGAGGUUUGGGAAACAUGACAUGCGGAACAGAAGACAAACAAAUGUGGCCAUUCCUCGGGAAGGAAUUGCAUGAUUUCCUUCAGAAACGUGGUCUUCAUGUAGACACAAAUCUGGAAACGUUGUGUAAUGACAGUAUAUAAGUGUGCAGUGAGUCCUUCAGGUGACAGGAUAUUUGUCACUAAGCCAAUGCAUGCCAUGGUCCUCACCCUAGCCAGAGAUGGCACAGUCUUCCAAACCUUCACAAACCCAGACCACAGAACUCCAAGUGUUAUACAUGUAACUGAUGUGGGACAGGUGCUGGUCUGUGGAGGUGAUUCAUUCACUAUCCUACAGCUGGUUGGUGAAGGCAAGAAAUCGCUGGCAACUCUUGCUAAUUGGAGUGAUGGACUUGAAGAACCAGAGUCAGUCUGCUACAAUAGGAGCACAGCAUCCAUCAUUGUUGGACAAGAUAAGGAUUACAAUAAUGUCCUUGUGUUUAAAGUAAAAUAGUUUUGUUUCACAAGUUUCUAUUAAACAUUUUGGAACAUGUACUUUCAACAUGAAUUCUUGGAGGGAUGGACUUGUUAUGUAUGAUCAGUCUGAUCCAAUGAUAGUAUAGCCUCCAUUAUUGUGGGACAAUCAACUGGCAACACAUUUCUGGUGUUUAAAGAAAUAUAUAUGUUGUUCUGAAAGUUUUAUAAAACACUUUUUGGAACAUGUACUUUCAACAUGCAAUCUUUGCAACACCAAAGUCAUAUUCAGUGUAACCUUUCAUCGCAUAAUGCGCCUUGAUGAUUCAUUGUGUUGCAGAGUAAUGUGAGAUCAUGAAUAUGUUUGAAAAAGAACAU